UUUGAAUAAUGGUUAAUUCGUUAGUCAAUUCAAUCUCACAAACGUGCACAUAUCAUCUCGAAUAGCGUGGGCAGAUUUUCUCAAAAAUCGAUUGAUUGGAUGUGGAAGCACUAUACCUUUUUACGAGAUUUAUGCAGCAAAUCUGUCAAAUUAGACAAUCAUGAUUUCACUUCAAUGCAGUGUAUGCAUUAUAAAAAUGGAUAUAAAUCUAACACAGAAAAUUGCUGAUCAAUAACAUUUAUACGACAUCUAUAUUGAUAAAAACACUAUACAAAAUGGAUAAAAACACUGCCUACACCAAUACAACUGAUGCUGAGUUGGAAGCACAGUUCAACGAACGAAAUAGUAAUUUGCGAAAAAACUUUGGCCAACUGGUUGAUAAGAUCGACGAGGCCGCUAACAAAACUCAAGAUUAUUUGAACAAAGAGAUCGGAGAAGAUGCUAAUGCUUUGAGUAGUCAAACCAAUAAUGCCGCCAUCAGUAAUGACCGAACGUCCAACAUUCUCAACCAAGCAAAUAAAUCGAAAGGAUCGCUGAUAGAUUAUUGGGACGCAAAGGCUAUGAAUAGUAUUAGAGAUGAUAUUAAAGCUAUGCAUUCUCUUAAUCCUGAAGACUUUGAACUAAUCGCACCUAAAAUGGACGAGACAUUUGGUCAUAAUGCUUUGGUUUAACGGUCACUUAUUUGCAGCACUGUAUAACAGACAUUUUGUUUUGUAACAACAUAAUCCAUAUUUCAUUUGUUAUUUACAUUUGAGAAUAAAAAUAUUUUACUAUGAGCAACGCCUAGCUCAAUAAAUGCAUAUUUAUCUAUUUUACA